AUGUUCAUCGCUGAAGUCACAGUAGAAGAACAACUAAUGUUCUCGGCUCGUCUUCGUAUGCCCAAAAAUGCGACCGAAGAUGAACGCAAGGAAACUGUUGAAAAUCUCAUAACAUCGAUGGGACUAAUUAGUUGCAGAUAUUCGAGAAUCGGUACAGCAACGGAAAAGUUUAUAUCAAAAAGUGAACGUAAACGGUUAGCAUUCGCUUCAGAAAUUAUCACGAAUCCGUCCAUUUUGUUUUGUGACGAACCAACGUCUGGUCUCGAUUCAUUUAUGGCAUUGCAGGUUAUUGCGGCAUUAAAGAUACUGGCAUCAAAAGCAAAAACUGUUAUCAGCACCAUUCAUCAACCAUCUACUGAAGUCUAUCAAAUGGCCGACAGGUGGUGGAUGGCCUUCUUCAUCCGGUCUGCUUGCAGAAUAAUUUUAUUGGCGAACGGUCAUGUUGCUUAUCAGGGUGGUAUGGAUGGAGUUGAGAAAUUCUUUACAUCGCUUUAUUGUCGUCGUAUUACAUCCGAAACACCAGAUUUACAGCAAGCGGUUAACGAUGAAGCCGUUGACUUUAGUCAAUCCAUUGAAGAUUCACCACUAAUUCCAUUCCAUUCGUACCAUUAUAGAAGUGAUUCAAGGAAUAGUUACCAAAUAGUUCCUGGAAAUCCUACCGUACGCUCAACGUCAGAAGUUCAGGUCUUGUCGUUAAUUCUUGGUUGUGUUUAUUAUCAAGUGGAAUUCACUAAGGAUUCGUUAAUGAACUACAAAGGAUCUGCUAUGCGUGCUUCGCUUGAUAUGGUUUUCAUUUUUCUCUAUCCAUGCAUCUCUGUGAGUGAUGACUAA